AUGAAGUCAAACAUUCCCGGAACUCUGGCCCAAUCGGAAGACGCGCAACCAGGAGAGCUGGCGUACAUCGUUGACCCUCGAAGUGGAGAUAUUUAUACUCGGACCCACGGAGCAACCGCAUCUCAGCGCUUUCCUUUCUCCGUCCCUGAGCUGGUCGACAUAUCGCCUUUCAUCGCUCAAGACGAAAAGAAUUUGAUUUGCAGUGGGAGGAAGCGGACAUUUCUUCUUGUGGUGGAUAUCCGCACCGGAGUGGUUGAAGCGAAUGCGUGUAAUGGUUCUUCACCACUGGAGGAUACCAAAGUCGUCUUGCAGCAAACGGACUAUGAUCUUGCUAUCCACACCUUUUCGACUUGCUCUCUACAAGUACAACGACUUGGUCACACAAUGUAUAGCCCUGAAUUUAAAACUGCUAAUGCAUCGGACGACGACACAGAUGAGGUGAUACGUAUUGAAAGUCUGCCGGAUGGUGCAGUGUUCGGGACCAAAAACGAGGCUUCUCUCUGGAGGACAGAAUUCGGAAGCACAGCGGUGGGGAUUUUUGAAGUCUUGAAGACGCCGAAUGGGGUGCUACUUGCCCGCUCUCAAGCGGGAUACACUGAUGUAAACCGUGCGGAGGCUGGUGAUAAAUAG